AACAUUUGUUCCUGUUUCCGGCCACGAGUGAUCAACACCAGCAGUCAGCACAUGGCUGGGUCGAGACCUUCAUCAGUACCUGAAAAUCUCGGUUGGCCAAGCUGCCUGCGGGGUGUCAAACAGGUUAUGAGAGCCGACGCCGUGACAAGGUGAUGAAAAAGCCAAACCUCUCAUCGGAGGCGGAACAAAAAACAUGGAUAAUCUGAAAGUCAAAAAGUCACUGGCAUGGUACUGUGUGGUAAAUACACCCACCACUGUCCGGCCAGCCCUGCGCCGGCAAACCCCAGCUGUUUGCCUCUCCUCCCCUUCACUUCCACCUCUUUGCGCCCAGCCCGCAUCCUGUUCCGAUGUGUGGGUGGAUACCACACCCCAUGUCCUAUUCAGGCACACAGUCAAUGGAUGGGCCGUCUUAUAAUAAGCCCACGAUGCCCUCCCCCUCCUCAUCUUCUCAUCUGGUCUUCCCCUUACUCAUCCUCGACUAUCGUUGGCUUUGUCGUUCCCUUCCUUGCCCGUUCUCCCUCACCUUCCUUUGACCACAAGCUGCUGAGCCUGCUUAGCGCGUCCUAUCCUUUCUUCAACCACAAACCCCUUCUUCUUGGCCCUUUGUGUGCUUUAUCCGCUGAGCUGGAUACAACAACUGGCAUUGUUCAAGCACGACAUCGAGAACAUCACCCGACAACUAAAUCCAUUCCUCUCGGUGCUCCGGUCUUAGCACCUACGGUUCCACAGAGCCAAUAUCAACUUUGAGUCAAGACGGUCGGUCCUAGAGACAGAUAGACGAGACUCCACCUUUACCACUUCUUCGACACAUACCACUUUUACGACAACGACAACGAUUUCA